GGAACAAGGGGGCCCCUGGAGAUCCUGGUCCAGCGGGUCCCAGAGGGAACCAGGGCCAGGACGGGAUACCUGGUCCUCCUGGGGAGAAAGGAGCUAUGGGAGUUCCUGGGAUCGGGUCUCGGGGCCCCGACGGGAAGACGGGUCCACCUGGGUGUGUUGGAGGGGCGGGUCCUCCGGGGGCCUGCGGCCCUCCGGGCCCUCCUGGUGCUGGGGGAAACCCAGGCUGUUCUGGACCUCCGGGACCACCGGGCCCCUCUGGUUGUCCUGGAAAAGAGGGAGUCUGCAUUGAAGGAGUCAAAGGAGAGAAAGGAAUCCCUGGAGAGCACGGACCCAAAGGUCCGACAGGUUACCGAGGUCCUCCUGGUCCUCCGGGUCCUGGCUUUAAAGGAGAUGAGGGACUUAAAGGAGCUACAGGAGACCAAGGACCACCUGGUAACCACGGAGACACUGGACCCCGAGGCCCGCCGGUCAGGUGAAGACAAACCACCAGGCCCACCGGGACAGAAAGGCAUGAUGGGAGAUACUGGAGUCACCGGACCUGUUGGUGUGAAGGGGGAGAUCGGACCAGCAGGUAGCGACGGCCCAAGAGGAUCUCCGGGGCUACCUGGGAGGAGAGACGUGGCCAACGUCGAAGGGGGGCACCGCAGAAGUAAGGUAGGGGCCAUCCACAGGCGAGGGGCACCCGAGCUCCACGGGGAUGGACGGCUCGAGCCCGGAAACAAGCCCUGCGUACCGACAAGGGGCGACCUGCCAGAAGAGGUGGGCAUGAGGUCCUUCCAGCACACAAUAGACGAGGGCGUCCCGACCCGAGACGGGGUGCGUGGCGUGAUGGCACCAGGUACCAGCUCAGCAGCAGGCACCCGUGGCGAUGAAGUCCUCGCUACCGCCAGUCUACAGAAGUAA